AUGUGUGUGAGGAAAGGCGCAGGUGGCAUAGUCAAGGGGCCGACCUCCAUCAAGGGAUGGGUAGGAAAGUGGUUCUUUGCCUCGGGUGAGUGGCUGACAAAGGACGAGUCAGGUCGUCCCUUCUUUGACAUGCCUGCUAGGUUUGGGAACCUAGUAUCGAUCAAGCCGAUUCCCGAGCUCGAUCAAGCCACUUUCGACACCCUCAAGUUCUACAAGGAGAACUUCCCCAAGGGCAGGAAGAUCGGAACCUUAGUCACCGACAAGCUUCUCUUGGAGUCGGGGCUUCUUGACUACAACCCUCUAGUUCGGCCAAUCGAAGCUUCAAGGCCAAACUCUGAACUCGCAAUGGUGUGCGGAUUCACUGGGAGUGUGAAGCGCAAGUCCAAGGGUCGUGCUCACGCCCUCAAGACUGUGGUGGGGACUGAACCGCUGGGGCUCGUGGGACUCCGCCUACGAGGCAUGCUGAUUUGGUAG